AAGUGAAAACAAAAUAAAUUGGAGCACAAGAAGAGAAAAGGUAAUAGGAGAAAAUGGCAAGCACAGUAAUGAGCUCAUUGAGCCUAAAGCCAACUUUCACUUUGGAGAAAAUAUCAGUGAAAGGGCUUCCAUCACUUACUAGAUCUUCUUCUUCCUUCAAAGUUGUGGCUAGUGGUGUCAAGAAGCUUAAGACUGACAAACCCUAUGGAAUUAAUGGAAGCAUGGCCUUGAGAGAUGGGGUUGAUGCCUCAGGCAGGAAGCCCAAGGGAAAGGGUGUGUACCAAUAUGUUGACAAAUAUGGAGCUAAUGUUGAUGGAUACAGUCCCAUCUACAACACAGAUGAAUGGUCUCCAAGUGGUGAUGUUUAUGUUGGAGGUACCACUGGCUUAGCCAUAUGGGCUGUGACCUUGCUUGGCAUUCUUGCAGGAGGUGCUCUCCUUGUCUACAACACAAGUGCUUUGGCACAGUAGAUGUUAUCCUUGUAUUGUACUAUUUUAAGUUUAAGUUGUAUUCCAUGUUAUCUUUUCAAAGAUACUUCAAAUAUUUCUUGGCAUCUUCAUUAAUAUGUAAUUGCUGUGAUUUUACUGUGGAUAAUAUUACAUCUAAUGUUUUUGUUUUA